UUUUUUUUUUUUUUUUUGUGUGUGUGAAUAUAUUCUUUUUCUAUCGCUCCCCCCGGCGUUGAACCUAUCUAGCGACCAUGCCGUCCUUCUCGAAUGAAAUCUCAUAUUCGACCGCCACCGCUACGGCUACGCAUCCUCGUCCGUUUGACUCGUCGCAGGGUAAACCGCAUGAUAAAAACUCCAUGGGUAAUACGUUUGUGUGGACAAAUUGGCCGAAUGGUGAUUCAAGCCACUUGGACACCCCCCCGAACGAUCGCCAUCUCCCCAAUGGUAGCACCUAUUCUUUAACGGGUCCCCGGUCGAGCGCGAGCUCUUACAACAGGGACUUUUUACAGUCCAAGGAUGGGAGUUUACAUUCAUUGGGAAACGGUUCCGCUCGCGAACCCAGAGAGAUGCGGCCGUCGUCCAUUCCCCGUCAAUCUUCCGACACGGGGGCGGGCAUCGCCUCGACACCCGCGUCGAUUACGGGCCAGCAGAUCAACGGGCCGUCGCUGAGCCAUCGCUCGCUCAAUGGGGUGCAUAUGAUCAAUGGGGACUAUUCGCGACCCUCGGUCGAUGAACUCGUUUCCUCCAAUUCAGUAGCUAAUGCGUCACCCACACCAUUGUCCACCUCCCAACCGGAUAACGCUGGCCGUCUCUCCCCGGACCCUGAUUACCUCUCCCCCACCCAUAAAGGCGCCCAUCGUCACUCCUCUCCUCCAGUUCCAGGGGCGGUGAAUCGCAGCAACACACAAGACUCGGCCAACUCGAGUCUUCGACAACGACAUACCUUGCAGGUCCCAAGAACAACAAGCGGCCGUCGAAGUAGUCGUGACCAAAUGGAGGAUGUGGCAUAUAGCACCGGUCGCCUCUCCCCAACCGCGGGAAUUCGCCGUCCGUCCCUGAGUUUGGCCCGCCGGCCGACCAGAACGAACCAAUCUGACAUCGAGACAAACCCGGAUGAAGAUGCCGCCCGGUGGGCCGAAGCCAUUAAGCAACGGAGGGCCUCAAGAAGAAAACGUCGCGAUGAGGAAGAUGAUGAGCGGGUUAUUGUGGGAACCAAGGUUGACCGCAACCAUGCCAACUGGGUUACCUCCUACAACAUGCUCACUGGAAUUCGCUUCACCGUGUCCCGGAUCAAUGCAAAGAUGGACCGGGAACUGACCCCUGCCGACUUUGAAGCAAAGCACAAGUUUUCGUUUGAUAUAACCGGCAAUGAAUUAACCCCGUCUGCGCAAUACGAUUUCAAGUUCAAGGACUAUGCGCCCUGGGUUUUCCGUCACCUUCGGGCGAAAUUCCGACUCGACCCUGCCGACUACUUGAUGUCCCUUACCAGCAAGUAUAUCCUUUCCGAAUUGGGCUCUCCUGGCAAAAGUGGUAGCUUUUUCUACUUUUCUAGAGACUACAAGUAUAUCAUCAAAACCAUUCACCACGCCGAACACAAGUUAUUACGGAGGAUUCUUCCUGAAUAUUACAAGCAUGUGGAGCAGAACCCGAACACCCUCAUCUCACAAUUCUACGGACUCCAUCGAGUGAAGAUGGCCUAUGGUCGCAAGAUUCACUUUGUGGUUAUGAACAAUCUCUUCCCCCCACACCGUGAUAUCCACCGCACAUUCGAUUUGAAAGGUUCGAUGAUCGGUCGUGAGGUUAGCGAGGACUAUAUCAAAGACCACCCGAGGUCCACCAUGAAGGAUUUGAACUGGCUCCGGAAGGGCUGUCAUCUUGAAUGUGGCCCGGCGAAACGUGAAUUCUUUCUUGCACAACUUGAGCGUGAUGUUGAACUGUUAAAGCGGCUCAAGAUCAUGGACUACUCGCUGCUCGUGGGAAUUCAUGACUUGGAAAAGGGAAAUGAGGAAAACCUCCGUGACAAGACAUUGCAAGUUUUUCAACCCGGAGGUGAUCGCGAGGAAGAAAUAAACCCGAACAUGUUAAUGCGCACGCCUUCAAAACUGGAGAACGAACGCAAGGCCCGUGAGCUUCGAAUGUUGAUCAAGAAGGAGCGCCCUGUGCCUCUGGACAAGGCGGCUGCCAAAAUGCCGGAUGAGAUUCUGGACGAAAGGAAGUUCCAUGUCUUCUACUCGGAUGAUGGGGGAUUCCGCGCCACUCAUGAGAACGGCCAACCUGGCCAAGAGAUCUACUAUCUCGGGAUUAUCGACUGUCUAACCCAUUACGGCACGGUGAAGAAAAUCGAGAAUUUCUUCAAAGGCCUUGCCAACGAUCGAACUCAGAUCUCUCCCAUCCCACCCGAAGGCUAUGGGGACCGAUUUAUCAACUUUAUCAAGAGAAUUACCAUGUCUAAAGAAGAAGCAGAACGACAGCAAGACUCCCAAGCGUUGCGCGAAGCUUCCACAGAAUACGCCGGUCCGAACGAGCACUCUAUCCCCAUGACGGAAAGAGAAGCACCAAGAAACAUUCCAAGGUCCCCCUCGAUGGGCCCGGAGUCAUUGGAUCUCGCUGGACCCACGACAACGCUCCCGAUUGUGGACGAGGCUGGAGAGGCCAGCAGUCUCGGUGGACACAGUCAACACAGUCGACGAUGUCCUUCCCCGCGCCUAGACAAGGCGCUACCACCGCCGCCAGAUCAUCAUGAUCCGCGUCUUCAGAAGCAGAACGGGUCACUUCGGAAUGGGCAAAACUUCUUGAUCUCUGCUUGAUAAUCCAAGUCGCACGAUGCUACUUACCGUGAAUAAAUACCUCCUUGUCGCUCUAAUUCUUGUCGAUUCUGAUGAUAUCCUCAUUCGCAAUGUUUUCUUUCCUCAUCAUACCCACGGGCAUGCGCUCUAUAUCUUCCAUACCCACGCAAUGAACGCAUCUCAAUAUUCCACCUUUUUUGAAAGUCAUAAUCUCAUGUCUCCACGAUUGAUGCGAACCAAUUUUUUUUUGUACUAUCGGACACACCCUGGCCCCCCUCCCUCCCCCCUUCAUCAGGACGGUGGAUUUUUUUUUUCCAGGAUGAUUUACAGCCUUCAUUUCAGAUUGGCUAAAAUAUCUUGGUCCCCGUGUUAUCCUCAAAACUUGACUUUCAUUCCAGUAUGCCUAUUGAGGAUGUCAAUCCCCACCUUUUUUUUUUUUUUUUUUUUUUU